UCCGUCCUGGGCGUACGAUUAUUAUGUUUAAUAACACGUCAGUUACAAACAAGGGAGACCUAGAGUUCAGGAGGACUUUUGAAACGUUCUUAAGUUCAAAUGCAACAGAGGAACUAGGACAGGGAAUAUAUUGAGAUUUUAAGGAUGACUGGCAACACCAGAGGAAACUUCCAAGUUGGUCUGACUCUUAAAGGAUGCCCUCCACUUUAAGCCUAGCUGUCUUCCUUGUCUGGGCCACGUCGAGCACAUACACCACUGGUCAGGCCUGCCUAUGUUCGGCCCCACUGCCUGCUGGUCGGCAGGUCAACUGCAGCUCUUUAAACCUGGUGGAGCUGCCUCACCUGCCCCCAGACACCACAGAGCUCCAUGUGCAGGACAACCAGCUCACCUCAGUGUCUCCAGGUCUGUUUGACAAACUGGUCAGACUGAAAAAGGUCUCUCUAUCUGGGAACCCCUUCCACUGUGACUGCAGGAUCCAGUACCUGAGGAACUGGUUGCUGGGGAACAAGGCUAUUGUGCCCAAGGAGCCCACCUGUGCCAGUCCGAGCUCUGUAGCUCACAAAGCCAUCACUGAACUCAGCGAUGACUUCUUUUCUUCCUGUGCAGCACCGAGCUGUACCAAUGGGACGUUUGACGCCAUAAUGGCAGUGAUGCUGUGCUGCCUCGUUGUUCUGCUUCUGUUGAGCUUGAAAUUAGCCAGAACCUCCACCUUUAUCCUGUACAUAGACGAGAGACAUUCAGGAUUCGAGGCCGACUCUUUGCGCUCGCUGAAGCCCAAACACAGGAGGAGGCUGCUCACCACAGAUUCAGACUUCAGCACCACUUCCCUCCCUUGUACAGAGGAUCUAGAAACGCCUCUUCUCAACAUGGAGUUACUGCCACAAGUGCUGGAUGUGUUGCACGAGAAGCACAAUAUAAAGAUAAAGUCGACCUGAGG